AUGGCUUUACCAAUCACAUGGAAUGUUGACGAUAAAUCAGAUUUUUUGAACGUAGAUUCAGGCAGACUUAAGGAUAUUAGAUAUACCGUUAAUAUAUAUAUCAAAAAUCACGAACCUACUAAAAUUCUUUGUAAACUCAAUGGUCAAGGUAAAGAUAAUGAACAUGCUGCUGCAAUAAGAGCAAACCAUCCGAUUCUUCCACAAUGUGGAUUGUUUUAUUUUGAAAUUGAUAUUAUCAAUAAAGGACAAACUGGGAUUAUUGGAAUCGGAUUUUGUACAAAGACUGUUGAUUUAAAUGUGAUGCCUGGGUGGAGAGAAAAUUCGUGGGGUUAUCAUGGUGAUGAUGGAAAAUUUUUUUGUGAGGGAUUUGGAGACCUGUACGGGCCGUUGUUUACCACCGGGGACACUAUUGGAUGUUAUUUGAACUUUGCAAAUAAUACGGUAUUCUAUACCAAGAACGGAGUGAAUCUAGGGCUUGCGUUCCGAGAUUUAAAAGGCAUCAUCUUGUAUCCCUUUGUUGGACUGAGGUCGCUAGGCGGGUCUAUUGAAGCAAAUUUUGGUCAUAGAAAGUUCAAAUAUGCAGCGGUAACCUGUGAUGACAUUGAUGAUCAAUUGUUUCAAAAAAGAUGGGAUGAAGCUUACGAUUAUGAAACCAAUCAACAAAUAGAUAAACUCACACGGUUAAACGAGUUUUUGAUAAUCGUAGAAAACCACGCAUUUAAAUUAAGAUAUAAAGGAAAAACUUAUUUCAUUUUGGGCAAAUAUAAAGAAGCACUUGAAUGUUUAACAGAAUUGCUUGAUAUUGAGCAAAAUGAUGAAUUUGCAUUAAGAUACCGAGGAGAAACUUAUUUCAUAAUGGAAAAAUAUAAAGAAUCACUUACAGAUAUUAAAAGAUUAUUAGAAAUAAAAACUAAUGAUUCAUGGGGAUUAAAGGUCAAAGAAGAAGUUGCUAGGGGAAUGGUUCAUGAUGGUAUUCUUUACGAAAUAGGAUUUGGAGUUGAAAAGGAUAUUGACAUGGCAUAUAUAAAUUAUAAACAAUCUGCUAAUAUAGGAAAUCCUACUGCAAUAGAGAGCCUCAAUCGCCUUGCCAAUUUGAUCUGGGUCGGCGAUAGACAUUGGUCUAUGAGUGAGUCUCGCCGUACUACUUUGGAAGAUGACGAAAGGAUAAAUCGUAUAAAAUAUUUUCGGGAUAUAGAACGGAAAAGGUUAAUGAAACAGGAUUGGAUACAUGAUUCGAAGAGAUGCGAAGAAUGUAGAAAAUUUUAUAAUCCUAUCUAUAGUGGAUGGUGCAAAACAUGUAAUUCAAAACAUUUGGAAAAUACCAGCCCUAAGAGUGGCAAUCCAGAAAUUGAUGAAUUCCUUAGAAAAGCUGAAUCAUAUAUUAAUAUAACCGAUCGUACGUUUUUUGUUCGAUAUCUGGGAUUUUCUCAAGAUCCAAAAAAAAAUUAUAUGAUAGUCAUGGAAAAAGCAUCUUGUGAUCUUCACGAAUACUUAAAGCACAAUUUUUGUCGUAUGAAUUGGGAAGAAAAGAUAACGGCAUUAUUAGAUAUAAGCAUAGGACUUGAUUUUUUGCAUAAUAGUAAACUAGUUCAUAGGGAUCUUCAUUCAAGAAACAUAUUAUUUGGUAAUGGAAAUGUUUUUCUUAUUACGGAUCUCGGGCUAUGCCAAGGUGUAAAUCAGUGCUCCGAGAAAACUUUUGGAGACGUACACUAUGUUGCACCGGAAGUUCUAAAUGGUAAUGGUUAUACACAAGCAGCUGAUGUGUACUCCUUUGGUAUUGUGGCAUGUGAGGUUGUAACUGGUUGUCUACAAUAUCACGCUACUUACGAGAAUAAAGAUGAUUUAAAAAUUCAGAUUAUUGGCGGUCAUCGUCCAAUAAUUCCAGAUGAUGUACAGGAUCAACUUCGUGAUUUGAUUAACCAAUGUUUGAAUAAAGACGAAUAUAAAAGGCCAACUGCUGGAGAUUUGCAUUCCACAAUAAGAAAGUUGUAUAAAGAUAUCAAACAGCUCCGCAACAAUUCUAAGCGAAUCUUUAAUACAAAAGAAACGAAAUUCGAGAAACCUUUAUCAAUAUCUAGUUGUGAUGAAUUCUAUAAGGAAAAUGAUGAACCAG